AUGGGGGGGCUCUGCCUCUCUUUCCACUCCCUCAUCCCCACUCCUCCGCCCCACUCCCUCAUCCCCACUCCUCCGCCCCACUCCAACCCCCUCAAUCCCCUGCCCCACCCCCCUCCUCUUAUUCCGCGGCUCCACUCUCCCCACCUCGUUCCUUCGCCCCGCUCUUCCCCCCUCAUUCCCCUGCCCUGCCUUAUCUCCCUCCUCACCACUCCCACAACCCCCCCCACUCUCGCACCUCCCACUCCUCACUCCUCCCACUACUCUCGCGCUCCUCCCACUACUCUCACUCCUCCCACUACUCUCGCUCCUCCCACUACUCUCACUCCUCCCACUCCUCUCAAUCCUUCCUUCACUCUCACUCCUACCGAGGCUGUUAUCUCUAUCUCUUGCCAUGCCACCCUCACUCUCACUCCUCCCACCACUCAUUCUACCUCCAUCUCCUCCCUCUCCCCCCCCUCCUCCUCUCUCACCCUCCAUCCCAUCCUCUCCUCUCGCCCACCCACUCCCUCUCCCUCCGUCCCCUCCGUCCCCUCCUCCCCCUCGCUUUUCUUCCCUCCUCUCAUGCCGUCUCCGCCUCCCCUCUCUUCAUGCACCCUGCUGCAGCUACUUUAA